AUGUUUACAUCUGUCCCUAUUGUUUUCCCUUGUUUCCUCUGUCCCUAUUAUUUGCCCUUGUUUUCUUCUGUUUCUAUUGUUUUCCCUUGUUCUCCUCUGUCCCUAUAUUUCCCUUGUUUUCCUACGUCUCCACUGCAUUCCACUGUUUUCCACUGUCCCUAUUUUUUUAACUUGUUUUCCUGUUUCUAUUUUUUCCUUUGUUUUCCUCUCUUUCUAUUGUUUACGCUUGUUUUCCUCUGUCCCUAUAAGUUUACGUUGUUGUCUACUGUCGCUACUGUUUUACAUUGUUUUCCUCUGUCCCUAAUGUUUUCCAUUGUGUUCCUCUGUCUGUAUUGUUUUCCCUUGUUUUCCUCUGACCCUAUUAUUUGGCCUUGUUUUCCCCUGUUUCUAUUUUUUUUUCUUUGUUCUUUUCUAUCGCAAUUUUUUUCCAUUUUUACCUCUGUCAAUAUAGUGUUACAUUGUCUUCCUCUGUCCCUAUAUUUCCCUUGUUUUCCUCCAUCUCUACUGUCAUCCCUUGUUUCCCCCUCCCUUCUCUUUUCCUUGUUUUCCUCUGUUUCUCUUUUUUCCCUUGUUUCACACUGUCCCUAUAGAUUUUCCUUAUUUUCUACUGUCCCUAUUUUUUCCCUUGAUUUCCUAUGCCCCUAUUGUUUUCCCUUGUUUUUCUGUGUCACUAUUGUUUUACAUUGUCUUCUGUUUCUAUUGUUUUCUCUUGUUUUCCUCUGUUCCUUUUUUUUUAAAUUGUUUUCCACUUGGCCUAAUGUUUGCCCUUGUUCCCCUCUGUCCCUAUUGUUUUCCCUUCUUUUCCUCUGUCCUUUUUUUCCUUCUUUUCCUCUGUACCUAUUGUCUUCCCUUGUUUUCCUCUCUUUCUAUUUUUUUCAUUGUUUUCCUCUGUCUUUAUUGUUUUCCCUUUUUUUUCUCUAUGCCUAUUGUUUUCCCAUCUUUUCUUCUGUCCCUAUUUUUUCUUCUUUUCUCCCUAUUGUUUUACUUUUUUUCUCUGUCCCUAUUUCUCGCCCUGGUUUUCUUCUGUCUCUAUUCUUUUCCUUUGUUUUCCUGUAUCCCUAUUAUUUUCCUAUGUUUUCCUCUUUCAGUUUCUGUUUUCCCUUGCUUUCCUCUGUCCCUAUCGUUUACCCAUGUUUGCCUCUGUCAAUAUUGUUUUACCUUGUCUUCCUCGGUUCCUAUUGUUUUAACUUGUUUUCCUCUGUCCCUAUUUUUGCCUUGUUUUCCUCUGUUUUUUUUCCGUUGUUUUCAUCUGUCCCUUUUUUCCUCUGUUCCUAUUGUUUUACAUUGUUUUUUUCUGCCACUAUUGUUUUCCUCUCUCCCUAUUUUCCCUUCUUUUUCUCUGUCCUUAUGUUUUCAUUGCUUUUCCUCUGUCCCUAUUGUUUUCCCUGUUUUUUUGUCCCUAUUGUUUUCCCUUCUUUUCUUCUGUCACUAUUGUUUUACCUUGCUUUCCUCUGUCCCUAUUUUCCCUUUUUUCCUCUGUCCCUAUUGCUUUCCUUUGUUUUCUUGUCUCUAUUGUUUUACCUUGUAUUAAUGUGUCCCUUUUCUUUUCCCUUGUUUUCCCCUGUCCCUCUCGGGUUCCCUUGUUUUUCUCUCUCUGUUUCUAUUGUUUUCCCUUGUUUUCCUUUGUUCCUAUUUUUCCCUUAUUUUUCUCUGUUCCUAUUUUUUUCCCUUGUUUUCCUCUGUCCCUAUUGUUUUACCUUGUUUUCCUCUGUCCCUAUCUUUUUUAUCUUGUUUUCUUCUGGCCCUAUUAUUUUUUUUUGCCUUGUUUUCCUCUGUCCCUAUUUUUUCUAUCUGUCCUGA